CACGCCAAAAAAUAAAAUAAAAUAGCAACAAUGAAUUUAAAGCAUCCAAGGUCGAAGGAUGAAAAGAUGUUUCGACGUACUCUUCUCGAAGACUAUGGAAAUUUUCGGAGGUUGUUGCACGACAAAAACUUGACUGUUCGUCGUUUACCUUGGCAGCCAUAUGUCAUACAUCAACAUCAUUGGAAUCAACACGAUUUGUUCGAUCUCGUCAAACAGCUCAAAGCUUUUCCCGAACUGGGUGCAAAUCUCGCUAUCGAAAAGUUCGACUAUAAACAAUAUAUAACCGAUUCGCGUUAUAUAAAGAAGCUUUUUGCUGAUCUUGUUCAGCUUGACGGUAAUCCAUUACUGUACGUAUUUUUCCCCAGAAGUUACAACAAAUGCAGCCUUACUGCCGAAUUAAGUCUAUUGGAAAAACCUAGUCCAUUGGCUGACGAAGCAAGAGAUAAAAUUGUCGAAUACGUGCGAUCGAUAUUCCGAAAACAUUGGCCUUGCCAUUACAUGAAGUUCAUUCCAUUUGGUUCCCAUAUAUAUGGUGUGUCAUUUUUAAAUUCACCACUCAAUAUAUGUAUUGAGAUGGACGAACCUGACUUAAGCCGACUAGUUACUUCGAAAGAUCCCUACCGUGGAAACAAUGAUGAACCUUACUGCAUCGAUGUGGCCAUCGAUAUAUUUUAUCGCCACGGUGGAGAUAAGUUUCAUUUUAGUGAAGACAUUGGCUCGGUGCGCACGAAGCUUGAUAAAGCAACCAUCGAGUAUAAUUUCAACAAUGGAAUAUUCACUGAAAGUACAAACUUGAUUGGCCAUUAUUUGACACUCGAUCCUCGUGUACAACCUCUUCUGUACGCCAUCAAAGUGUUUGGUCGCGGUCGAAACAUAUUUGCAUCUCAAAUUUCAAAUGGUGUGCGAUACUACGGCUAUGUCAUUAUGGCAUUAGCAUAUCUUUCACAGUUGGAUACACCUGUUAUUCCCAAUUUACAGCAUAUCAAUCACAACAGAAAUGAUGACGAGUGUUAUAUACCCGAUUGUGCUUCCAAUAAACCUUUUUGGGAUACAGUGAUUUAUGGAUCAGAAAGAGUGGGGAUUGCAGCUAGAUACCAUAAUUGCGUUUCCUACGAUAAUACACAACCACAAACACCUUACUUUGUUCAACAAAAUCCGGAUACGGGCAAGUUAUAUUGGCAUUCAAAAAACGAAUCAAGUGUGGGAGAGUUGCUUAUCGACUUUUUUUAUUAUUACGGUUAUGAAUUUGACUAUGAAAAAUACGCUGUCUCUCUCAAAUUUGGCGGCAAGACCGCUAUAAAGUCGGUUUGGAAGCAAAAUGAUAUAGCCAUUGAGGACCCUUUUAUGGUGAAAUCUAACAUAGCAGCUGGGGCAGAUGGCGAAAGAUUUCGAGAUGUGUUGAGAGGGGCCUUCACUGUGUUACAUAGUGGUAUAUGUUUCGAGAUUCUGUACAAGAAAAUAGCGGAAAUUGUGAAAUACGACUCAUUAUGUGGCAUAGAUGGUAAUAGACCAUUAUAUAAACCCAUGAAGCGUUGGAAGCCACACGGCACUUCAAAGGCAUGCGUACUCAUUGGAUUACCCAAAACGGAUGUUCUCCAUUGCUAUUGUGAUCGUAUCAUGAACCUGUUUUCAACUCACGGAAAAAUCUCAUCCAUGGUGGAUUUAGAUGGAUCAACAAAACAAAUCAUUUUUACCUCGGAUACAGGAGAUGCAAUGGAUAUUGUUUUGCCAAGUACAUUUGUCCUUGAUAAUGGGCUCGUGCACUUGGUAGAGCUUUACGAAUGUGUCUUUAUUGAUCCUGUCUAAAAAAAAAAAAAAAAAAAAAAAAA